AUGCUCGGCGGGUCUCGAGUAGUCGCGGAGGCAAGCGAGAGAGCGCUUCGAAGUAGCUCGAAUGUGCUGUUCCGAGCGCAAUGUGUGCCGCUCGAAACGCUACCGCCGCCAUUUCUGUGUCCGACCAUCGAGGCUCACCCAUUGAACAAGGUCACAGUCACAAUGGCUCCUGGGUCGUCCUCCUCCCUGUCAGUUUUGUGGCCCACUCCGCCCAAGACACAGUCGAACAUACGGAAGACAGCGGUCUCCAAACCCUCGUCAUUGGCUUUUCGCUCUCAGUCGGCUCGCAAUUACUCAUCUCGGGCCGCCGAGCGCACAGCACUCGACGAAAAUCGGCCCAUGGACCGCCAUCUCCAACCACAAAGUGCGCCCGACGUCUGGACUCUUGAUCGGCAUCGAGAACACACAGAUCAGGAGCAUUAUGGCGCAGCUUCCAAGCAACCGAACCCAGCUCGAUCCUCGGUUGCGUCAUCCGACUGGCGCAGAAAAUUUCCCAGCACAAAAUGGAGAAGAGAGAUGGACUUCAACCGGUACAGUCGUCCAUUGCGACGGCGCCAGCUACCAGAGGACGCACCGGCGUUAUACGAGGACGAAAUCAAGGCAUCUGCAGCCUGGCUUGCAGGAUCACAGUGGACUCUGACAAUACCGGACAACUACCCGCUCACCCACGAGCUCUUGCUCAUCCUCGACAGCUUGGACGACAUUGUCCAUAGCGCAUCUGACCCCGACUGCGCCGAGCUUAUUGUGGAGACACUACGGCAAGCACGCGAGUCGAUAUGGUCCAACCAGUGUAGAGCACUUGAUCGGCUUCAAGACAGACACGUUGCCCUUUACGUCGCCGGAAAGGUGGCAGAAACCUACAUCAGACUGGACGCAGAGGACUCGAUGGACCGGCUCAUGUCCUUUCUCGAUUAUACUCAGGCGCACAUUGGCGUGCUUCCACUAGCAUGCUUUCAUGUUCUUGCAGCACAAGCAGGGAUUUUGCGACGCUAUGAUGCGGUGCUCAAGAUCUGCGCAAUUGCCCAGUUGCAUCACGGCGGCAAGGCGGAUGCGGAGCUCCUUCACCUUCGUUUGCGCGCUCUCAUCGCCCUGUCUAGAGAUGAGGAUCUCAAACGAUACUGGCACUUGUUCGAUGAAGCCGGUGUUCCUGUUCCACGCAAGACGUUCGACCUGCUUUUGCGAACGCACGUGCGUCGGCAGAACGUGGAACAGCUGAAUGAAGUGCUGGAAGUCAUGCCAAGGUAUGGGCAUGAGGUUGAUGCUAAAGCGUGGCUCACCAUCCUGCGUGGCUUUCAGAGUUUUCGACCGACACUAGCAGUGAUGCUCCGACAGGAUGCCAAAAUUGUACAGAGGCCAACGCUGAAUGUGGUCAACCGACUUCUCGUCCUGCUGUCGAAGGAACUGGAUAUACACGGCGCGUUGAUGGUGCUGCGUAUCUUUCGCAUCCCUUCGAUCCAUUCAGCUGGGAAGACAGCUGGUGUGUUGACGCAGGCAAACAGAUCCUCGAUUAUUCAUGGUCCCUGUCCGGAGCCAGAUGUACACACUUAUGCGGUGCUAGCGCACAUGUUUGGCCGCCUUGGCCGUUGCCAUGAAGCGCUCGACUUUUUCCGACUAGCACUUUGCACUAUCGGGGACCAACAAGAUCUCGCGACUGAUCGAGCUCUUCAGAAAGUCUCGUCAGAUGUGAUGAAGGCCUAUCUCAAUGCUGGUCAUCCCGUGCGUGCUAUGUGGUUUGCAAGCGAGGUUCUCGGACUUCCGUAUUUUGGUAACGCUGAACGCAACAGCGCACCGUCGAUCGACUUGGAGCUUCCGACGUUGCAGCCGACCCGCAUUACAGCCACGACAAUCCACUACCGAACGCUGCUCGAAUGCGCCUCUGCGAUCGGAUCUGCGGAUUCUGCUAGACGGAUCGUUGUCCAUCUUUUACAGCACGGACAUGCGAUCGAUAGGCAAGUGCUUCGCGGACUGGCGCGUUUGAUCUUUUCAACCAUCGAUCAGGAUGCGCUCGAGGCGAUUCGGGUGAUCCGACGUCUCUUCCCUAGAGGCAAAUAUGGACGCAAUGAGAAACGCGACCAACGUCUUGGAUCGUUGGUCGAUCUCUUGCAGCAUCUCGGUGCAUCUGAACGAGUGGUCCUUGCAUCGCAAAACUCUACAGAUCUCCACCGCCGCAUCGAUCUAGGCGACAGCAUGUGGAAGGCUCCUUGCGGAUCAGCCUCGCCUCAAAGCGGCAGCAGCAGCAUCGCCACAGCUUCAAAAGACGAACUGAGGGAAUGGCUCAUCACGCACUCCUUGUUCCCCUUCCGUGGCGUUUCAUCAACCCACGAAAUUCAGCCGGAUGCAUCAACCGCACUCAUACAAGAUCUAAGCCGACCCUUAUCAGCCGCGGCGUACGCCAUGCGAAUUCGCGUCUACGCCAGUGUGCGACGCGACUAUGAAUCGGCGCAGAAAGUAUACCAUGCGAUGCUAUCGCAUGACGUCAAACCCAACAUGAUGCAUAUCGCGCCUCUGAUCGAAGGGCUCACGGCGGUAGGCAGAUUGGACGAUGCACAACGACUCAAGCGCAAUGCUCGGGAAACAAUCCUGCUCGAACCGACGCUGCGGAUCCACACGGCGUUGAUUCGAGGCUACGUUCGCGCUGGUGACUUGGAUGCUGCUCGCAGAGAGAUUCAAGAGCUCACAAGGAACGGGUUUAAGAUUGAUGAUACUAUCGCCAACAUCAUCGAGGCGGCUCAUUCGGGACGGAGCAUGUUUGCGUUGGUGGAUCGACCUAUUUCUGCGAAGGACAGCCACAGUGUAGCAACGAGGUUCCAUGCGCUGAUGCGUAUGCGGCGGUACUUGGCUGCGCAGGAGACGUUGCAAACUGCGCUGGAUGCCGGAAUGAGGUCUGAUAAGGUGUUGCAUGAUUUGGUCCGACGUUCCGUAUCGUAUGUCUCCAAGCAACAUGCGAAAGCGCUCGCUUUGGCUUCAGCCACCGGUGAUACUCAAGAUGCUCCUGCCGCUACUGGGGCGCGGCUCGCCAAGGACGCAGCAGAUGCAAAUCCACACAGCGAAGGCGAACGGGCAAGAGCCAACACAAGGAGCGAUUCGCACGUUUUCGAGUUAGCUCAAGCGUUGCGUUUGGCUCAAACCAAUCGCGAACGCAUCACCAAAUGCAUGCAGAGACGUUCCAAGGCCAAACUCCAGCAGAUCAAGCAACAUCGCAAGAAGGUGGUCUCGCUCGUGUUGGAUUUUGCGGAUGGAAAACUGCACCAACAGGCGGGGGCGCGCUUGGCUUCUACCUGA